GUUGUUGUAGUGACUUGCUCAUAGAGAUUUAGGUGGAGUUUUCUUUAGGGUCUGCUUGGAUCAUAAGGCUGCUCUCUGCUUUCCUUUCUUUCUUUUUCUCUACAGAUCUAUCUCGUUUCCAUUCACACACAUUUUAUUUACCCCAGUCUGUUUUUUUUCCCCUCAGGCUACCAAAGCCAUUGCAGAAAGAUCUUUUUGCUUAGCAUUUAAAGUGACUGGAAAAGACCCAACAGCAAGAUGGUUCAGUAUGGUCUGGAUUAUACCCGCUGCAGGUGGAUCUUGCCUCUUCUGCUGGGCUUAGCAAUGAUCUUUGGCAUCAUUUCACUAGCUGGUUGGGGCUGGAUAACCUCACAAAGUGGUCCAUUUGUGAGUGAAGGCUCAUUAUGGAGAUUAUGCUCUUUAGAAGAUGAUUGGCGAUGUACAUCUCUCAUGGAUUUUGCUUGGGGUAGAGGUGCAGCUGGUACCUUCUUAGUUGGAUUUGUACUCAUCUGCAUCUGCUUUGCCUUGUCCAUCAUUGCCUUUGCCAUCCCGACACUUCGCUUCAACUUCAUUAGAGGCAUAGGAGGCUUGUGUUUUGUUGCUGCCAUAUUCUCAUUAAUGGGCCUUGUCAUCUAUGCUGUAAUGAUUUCAACACGUGUGGUCUUCCCAGUAAAUACCGUACAUGUAUUUGAUUGGAGCUAUGGAUUUGGGUGGACCAUGUGCAUCAUGGCAAUAGGUCUUGGAUUCUUCUUUUGUUGUCUCCCCCUCUAUGAAGAUCAUAUUUUGGGAAAUGUCAAACCUGAAUUUUAUUAAAAUCUCCUAGAAAGAGCAGCAGGGUCAUCAUAGGGAGUCCCUGGUUGUUUAGGGUCCAAAGAAGUAUACAGACAUACCUACAGUAUCAGCUCAAGUCCAAUAUGCAAGAAUAUUAGAAUACAUAGAGGUUUAGCAGCUCAAAAAAAAAGUAUUAAUGAGAAUUGCUCUCAAUUCUUGUUAAAGUGAAUUUAUUUUUUGAA